GCUAGGGUGGUCGGCUUUAAGGUGAAAUCAAUUCCGCCGCUAUCAGAAGAAAUUAGCACUUCGUAACCCCAACGGAAGCGAUCUCGCGUAAUUCACAGUAGGAGAGGAGAGAAUCGCAGUCUCGGAAUUCGAGUUGCUCCCUCGCGGCGAUGGAGUCGAGCCAUGCGGGAUCGGAGAGAGAGAAAGCAACCACCUCCUCACCCAUUGCCGUCGUAUGCAGCUUCUGGAAAGAUUUCGACUUCGAAAAAGAAAGAAGUGUUCUUGAUGAGCAGGGGCUCAGGAUUGCUGAAAACCAGGAGAUUAUUCAGAAGAACAGGCGGAAGCUUGCAGAGAACACUCGAGAUUUCAAGAAGGCAUCAUCAGAGGAAAAACUCAACUUGUUUAACUCCUUACUGAAGGGCUAUCAGGAAGAAGUUGAUAAUCUAACUAAAAGAGCCAAAUUUGGAGAAAAUGCUUUCCUUAACAUUUAUCAGAAACUUUAUGAGGCCCCAGAUCCUUAUCCCGUUCUUUCUUCUAUUGCAGAGCAAGAGCAAAGACUAUCAGAACUUGAGUCUGAAAAUCGAAAAAUGAAGCUUGAAUUAGAAGAAUAUAGGACUGAAGCAACACAUUUAAAGAACCAACAAGCUACAAUAAGACGACUUGAAGAGCGGAAUCGGCAACUGGAGCAACAGAUGGAAGAGAAGGUCAAGGAGAUUGUUGAGAUCAGGCAGCGAAGCCUGGCUGAAGAAAAUCGGCAUGAGAAAACUUUGGAGGUUCUAAAAGAAAGGGAACAUCUAUUACAAGAACAACUACGACAAGCCAAGGAAAGUGUCACAAAUAUGCAGAAGAUACAUGAAUUUGCCCAAAGUCAGUUAUUUGAACUCCGUGCCCAGUCUGAGGAAGAAAGAGCUGCAAAGCAAGCAGAACUCGAUCUUCUCAUGGAUGAGGUUGAGCGAGCACAAGCAAGGUUACAAAGUAUUGAAAGAGAAAAGGGAGUUUUGCGCUCUCAGUUGCAGUCAGUUAAUGAAGAAAGUGUAAGCAAGCAAAGUGAUUUUCUGGUUUCUAGCAAUGCCCAUGAGAGUUCCUUACAGGCAAAGGAGAAGGUGAUAUCUGAUCUGAAUAUGGAACUUCAUAAAAUGGAAACCACUUUGUCAAAUGAACGGGAACAACACAUUAGCGAGAUCAGGAAGUUUAAUGCUUUGCUUAAAGAAAAGGAUGCCACUCUUAUGGAAAUCAAUAAAGAGUUGCAAGAAAGGCCAACUUCUAAAGUUGUUGAAGAUCUGCGUAAACAAAUCAAAAUAUUGCAGGCCGUUGGGUAUAAUUCCAUUGAGGCUGAAGAUUGGGAACUAGCAACCGAGGGACAAGAGAUGAGCAAGAUGGAGACGUUGCUUCUUGACAAGAACCGGAAAAUGGAGCAUGAGUUGACACAAUUGAAGGUCAAAAUUUCAGAAAAAUCGAGCUUGCUAGAAGUAAGUGAAUCUAAGAUUGCAGAGCUAACUAUGAAGGUGAAUGAACAACAAAAGCUGAUUUCAAAACUGGAAGAGGACAUAUUAAAGGGCUACAAUUCAUCUGAUCGGAAAGGAUCACUUCUAAAUGAUUGGGAUAUGAAUGAUAUGGGCACUGAAACAUCUCAGGGUACAGAUCUGAGACAUGUAUCUGCUGAUCAAGAUCAAAAUUCAAUGCUGAAGGUAAUUUGCAACCAGCGUGAUCGUUUUCGAGCACGCUUACGUGAAGCUGAAGAGGAGGUGAGGCUUUUGAAGGAGAAGAUGAGUCUGUUGAUGGAUGAGCUAGAAAAAACUAAAGCUGAUAAUGUAAAGUUGUAUGGGAAGAUCCGUUACGUACAGGAUUACAGUCAAGAAAAUCUGGUUUCAAGAGGCCCUAAGAAGUAUGCUGAGGAUAUAGAAAGUGGUUUCAGUUCGGAUAUUGAAUCCAAGUAUAAGAAGAUGUACGAGGAUGACAUAAAUCCUUUCGCUGCUUUCUCAAAAAAGGAAAGAGAUCAAAGGUAUAGAGAGCUUGGUUUCAGAGACAAAAUCACACUCACAAGUGGCCGUUUUCUCCUGGGAAAUAAAUAUGCUCGAACCUUCGUCUUCUUUUAUUCCAUCGGGCUGCACCUACUCGUCUUUGCGUGCCUCUACAGGAUGUCGGCUUUGAGUUAUAUCAGCAUGCACGCCCGAGAUGAAAGCUUCCUGCAAGUUGGGAAUCAAACGCAUAUAAAUAAAUAAAAACCAAUCUGAACUUCAUCAUACCAGUUUUCAGCUUUCAGCGGCGCAUCAAAAAAAGGUACAUAAAAGCAAGAGCUUUUUCAAAAUCUUAGCUUCUUCUGCUCCGAUGGGUUAAAUGUAUGUAUAUAAAAGGAAAGUUUAUCAAUCCUUUAUUUGUUAAUGUAAAUUCGAACUAAAUGAAAUAUUAAGCAUUGUUGAUAAUACAAACUACAAACUUGUUCAAUUUUUUAAGGUUUAAACUUCUUUCAU